CGUGUGGUCAAACAGCAGAGGAGAGGAGAAACACCUCACAGCGUCGUUUCUUCUCUGUAGCCAGCUAUCCAGCACCUCACCGAUGAUCUGGCAUCAUUUAGCAACGUAAGAAAGCCACAAACAGGCAGAGAUUUAGUGAGCUAAUGGGCGGAAAGAAGAAGAAGUCGGCAGGGCAGGCGGCCGGUCCGGUGGCCACGGCAGGAGGAGCAGCGGCAGCGGGCAGGACUGGAGCCGCUGCAGUGGGGACCGGCGUGGCAGAGGAGCCGAAGAAACAGACAGGAGGCAACAAACCUGUCAAAUCAGGCAAAGAAAGCAAGUCUAAAGCUCCAAAGACCUACAGUCUCGCCAACACUGCUCAGGUUGAUACAGGUGGAGUGUCAGACAAGUCAAUUCUUAAAGUUUCCAUCCAAGCUGACCUGGAGAAGAAGAUCAUCAAACUGAUUAAUGACUUCAGACAGGAGAAUGGGGACAAAGGGCCAAUAUCAGGCAGACUUACGAGCAAGAAGUUGCUGGACCUGUACACAGCGCUGCAGAAGUUCAACUUUAAGAGAGAGCACAUCGAGGAGGCGAUGAAGAGCAGUGUGCUGUACGGAGGAGAUCUCCACUCUGCCCUCGACUGGCUCUGCCUCAACCUUAACGAUGAGGAGCUGCCGGAUGGUUUUAGCCAGCAGAUGCAAGAGGAGAGUCAGAAGAGUCGGCCUCGAUUUCAGCCUCCUGUCCAGCAGAAACCUGUAGCCCAGAGCCCCAAAGCUCCCAACAACACCCACAAAGAGACACCCAAGGCCACUGAGAAGGAUGAAGCUGCGAGCAUGAAGGACUGGAUCUUAAGAUACGCAGAGCAAAGCAGUGAAGAAGAAGAGGAGGAGGAGGAACAGGAAGGAGGCAAGAAGAGACACAAUCCUGAGCUUGAUGAAAAGUUUGAUCCAAAUGACAGGUAUUUGAUCCUUACUGCUCAACUGUAUGACGCUAAAGAAAUGGCAGCUGCUGCCAAGACCAAAGGAGACAAAGCAGGACAGAGGUCGGCACAGGACCGAAUACGCAUCAUCCAGCAAGAAAUGAAGCAACUGGAGUCCCAUCCCAUGUUCAAUCCAGCCAUAAAAGUGGUGGACGCACCUCAAAAAGAAAAGAAAACUCUCCCUGUCAGUGAGGAGAAAGAGGUUCUCGGCUUCAAUUUGUUUGAACAGGCUGAGAAGGCCCCUCCGAAAGAGAAAGUUGUCAAAAAGAACGAGCCAAAAGACAUUCGCAACUUUGACUACACGGCUCGCAGCUGGACUGGAAAGUCACCCAAACAGUUCCUCAUCGACUGGGUCCGAAAGAACCUGCCCAAAAGCCCAGCGCCGGCUUUUCACAAAGUUGCUGCUGGUCGAUACUGGAGAUGCAAGGUGCGUGUUCAGAGGGCAGAUGAUGUUCUGGAAGUUUGUCCCACCAUCCUGACUGAGGACAGCAUGCAGGCUCAACACCUAGCAGCCACACUGGCACUUUACAACCUGGUGAAAGGACAGUCAGUGCACCAGCUCCUUCCUCCAACCUACAGAGAUGUGUGGCUGGAGUGGAGAGACAGUGAGCAGCUGCAGCAGGAAGAGAGCCGCACUGCUGCCAACAAACCCAGAGACCAGUUCAUCUCCCGCCUCCUGACCCGACUCAAACAGCAGCAGAACCAGAGUCGAGGGGAAAACUCUGGAUCCCAGGAGCAGCUCGGGCAGAGUGGGGCGGACGACGAAGAGCCUGAGGAAUCCUGGGAGAGCCUGGCCAGUCUGGAUAUCGGGGAGCGAGGAGAAGAAGUGGAGGACAAGAGUGAGAAAACAGGAGGGAGGAGGGAAGGAGCACUUGAGGCGGCCAGAGAGCUUUUAAUGAAGCUGAAGAAAUCACCACUCGCCCAAAAACUGAAGGCAGAGCGAGAGCAGCUGCCUGUGUUUCAACACCGACAUCGUGUCCUGGAGGCUCUGCAGCGCCACCCGGUGGUGGUGGUGGCUGGUGAGACGGGCAGCGGAAAGAGCACUCAGAUCCCUCAGUUCCUGCUGGAGGAGCUGUUGACUGGAGGAAAAGCAGCACAGUCCUGCAACAUCGUGGUUACUCAGCCCCGCAGGAUAUCUGCCAUGAGCCUGGCCUGCAGAGUGAGCCAGGAGAUGGGCUGUGAGGACGGACCAGGAUCCAAGUCGUCGCUGUGCGGAUACCAGAUCCGGAUGGAGAACCAGUCUGGUGACUGGACCCGCCUGCUCUACUGUACGACUGGAGUUCUGCUCCGGAAGCUGCAGCAUGACAGACACCUGAGCUCUCUGACCCACAUCAUCGUAGACGAGGUUCAUGAGCGCAGCGUCCAGUCGGACUUCCUGCUCACCAUCUUGAAGGACGUCGUAAUGAGGAGAUCCGACCUGCAGCUGAUCCUCAUGAGCGCCACAGUGGACUGUCACAAGUUCUCCAGCUACUUCAACCGCUGCCCAGUGAUCACUAUUCCUGGCAGAACGUUCCCAGUCGAAGUGUUUCAUUUAGAAGACAUAGUGGAGCAGACAGGAUACGUUCUGGAGAAGGACUCGGAGUACAGCCAGAAAAUUCUGGAAGAAGAAGAAGAAGUCAGCAUCUCUGUCACACAGAAAGGCGGCAAGACUUUGCAGCACCAGGAGGUGAUAGUGAGGGACUCGUCCUCCGGCUGGGAUCUCGGUCCGGACCUGGACCACUUCAGCAGCAGGACUCGGCAGGUGCUGCAGUACAUGAAUCCCAAUAAGAUCAACAUGGACUUGCUGGUCGACCUCAUCGACUACCUCGAUAAAUCCCCACAGUUUGCAGACGUGGAUGGAGCCGUUCUUGUGUUCCUGCCUGGCCUGGCUCACAUCCAGCAGCUGUAUGAUCUCGUGUCCUCAGACAAGAGGUUCCGGGAUAAAAACAGAUACAGGGUUGUUGCUCUCCACUCGACUCUCUCAUCAAAGGAUCAAGCAGCUGCCUUCACAGUGCCCCCAGCUGGAGUUAGAAAGAUUGUGUUGUCGACUAACAUUGCUGAAACAGGCGUGACUAUUCCUGACGUUGUGUUUGUCAUCGACACUGGGAAGACCAAAGAAAAUAAGUACCAUGAGAGCAGCCAGAUGAGUUCUCUGGUGGAGACGUUUGUUUCUAAAGCCAGCGCUCUGCAGAGGCAAGGGAGAGCAGGACGUGUCCGAAACGGCUUCUGCUUCAGACUCUACCCAAAAUACAGGUUUGAUGCCUUCAUGGAUUACUCCAUUCCAGAGAUUCUGCGGGUCCCACUGGAGGAGCUCUGCCUUCAUAUUAUGAAAUGUCAGUACGGCUCCCCAGAGGACUUCCUGAGCCGAGCGCUGGACGCUCCUCAGCCCCAGUCGGUCAGUAACGCCGUCAACCUGCUGAGGAAGAUCGGAGCGUGUCACCCAGACAGUCACGUCCUCACCCCUCUGGGACACCACCUGGCGAGUCUGCCGGUCAACGUGAAGAUCGGAAAGAUGCUCAUCUAUGGAGCCAUCCUCGGCUGCCUGGAGCCCAUAGCGACCAUUGCAGCAGCCAUCACAGAGAAAUCUCCUUUCUCCACACCAAUGAAUAGAAAGGAGGAAGCUAACCUGGCUAAAGCUGCACUGGCUUUAUCCAACUCUGAUCACCUGACGAUAUACAAUGCAUAUCUGGGGUGGAAGAACUCGCAGACGGAAGGACAGAGAUCAGAAAUGUCCUACUGUAGGAAACACUUUCUCAAUCGAACAGCUCUUAUCACAAUAGAGGAUGUGAAGCAUGAGCUGAUGAAGAUGAUGGAGCAGGUGGGUUUCUGGUCGUCUCGAUCCAAGCAGCAGCAGACGUCCUCGCUGUCCAAGCAGCAGAUCUCCAUCCUGAACGCGGUGCUGACGGCAGGACUCUACGACAGCGUGGGCCGAGUCCUGGUCACUCCGUCUGUGGACGUCCUGGAGCGAGUCGCCUGCACGGUGGAGACGCCUCAAGGAAAGGCUCAGGUUCACCCCUCGUCUGUAAACCGCAACCUGCAGACGCACGGCUGGCUGCUGUACCAGGAGAAGGUGAAAUACACGAAGAUCUACCUGCGAGACACCACUCUGAUAUCUCCGUUCCCCAUGCUGCUGUUCGGAGGCGACAUCGAUAUUCAGCACAGAGAGAGGCUCAUCACUCUGGAUGGAUGGAUCCACUUCCAGGCUCCUGUGCGGAUCGGUGUGAUCUUCAAACACUUGAGGAAACUGAUGGACUCUUUGCUUGAAAAGAAAUUGGAGAAUCCUCGGAUGAAUCUGGAAGGUGAGACGACCAUCCAGAUGAUUCUUGAUCUGAUCAAAUCAGAGCAUGCUGUCUGACAGUGAACCACUACGGGCUGCCGCUGAAGAACCAGAACACCUUUUCUGCCACGAUCAACUACGUCUACUAUCAGCAGGUCUUCAGUUGUCUUCAGUGCUCAAGAUGAACGCCUGCAGACUCACUGUCGCCCACUGGAUGAUGUGGGUGUCCUGAAGAUGAACUGGUGGUUUCCAGGAACUCUUAACUCACAUUGAGGAGGACUGUAUAAUAGGAAAUGUAUAAAGACAUGCUCAAAUUUAACAGGAAAAAAUAACAAAUGAGGUAAUAAUGAUGAUGCCACAUGUGGAGGAAAUAAAGCUGUCUUUGUUUUUGAAAUGUU